AUGUCAUUAUCCCUUGUUGCAGACUACGGCUCAGAUUCUUCGAGUGGCGAUGAGGAAACUAACUCGAAAAAAGCAGAAAAUGUCGCGCCUUCCCCAUCAAAAACAGUGCCAAAGGGCAAGAGAGAAGGUCCUGUAAGGAUCGUAGUAGACCUUCCGGAAUCUAAUCAGGAUGACGAUGAGGAGAAACAAAAGGAAGAAAGUAAACUGAAAAGUUUGAAAUUAAAUAGUUCCAGUAGUGGCUUAUUUGAUCUUUUGCCGGCGCCAAAGAGGACAGCAACAAAGGAGCAACGGGAUUCUUCUACAGCGAAUUCUACAAAAACGUCUAGCGGGGUUAAACCAACAGGAAUCACGGGUUUUGUUCCUCACACACUUACAAAACGUAAACCUACGACAAAAGAAAAGAUUUCCAGCUCUGUUGGUUCGGGGGAUUCGGAUGAUUCGAUCCCAAAAUUGUUCUUUCCUCUGGGUGAAGAGAUCACAAACAUAUUAUCAUCCAAGGAGACUGUGGACACAUUUCCAACAAAGACAGUUAAUUCUAGUACAAACGAGCCAUCUAGUGCAUAUUUGCAUGAAAGUCGAAAGGUUACAAACGACACUAAUUUUUCAGCUACCGGUGAAUAUGUGUUAGAAGAUGGUUACACUUAUGACCAGUGGCAGGGAGGAGUUGAAUAUCAGGAACCAUAUUAUGAUGAAAGUCAACAAUCCCUUUAUGAGAGUGAACAAAUACAAUCCGAUUGGGGACUGGAUGAAGAGGCGUUCCAACAGUUAGGCGUAAGAAGAGGCAAGAACGAAGGGCCAAUCAUUAUUAAAGAGAUCAAUGCAGCGGAUCAGAUGGCCGACGCAUGGCAAUCUCAAGUUGCCGAUAUAUCAAAAUCUUCCAGUAGAUCGG